UGAGUCAACCUCCAGUCAUAUUAGCUCAACCCUAUCAACAAUCAGGCUUGUCGCCGGCCGAACCGCCACGGCGCCACCGGCGUGUCGAUCCACCAACGGGCAACUCCAUCUAUUAUCCGUAUCUUCCUUCUGCAUUUCAAUGAUUCCCCAGGCAAUUCCGACUGUUCCCUCUAUCGCAUCCAUCAUUCUCAUGAACAAGCCCAUGGCAAGCACGGCUGUUAGUGGCUUCUCUAUCGUGCGCUCCGCCGCCUACCCUCCGCUCUGCAUCGUCCUCUCCCGCCAUUUUUUACGCAUCCGUUUUCCCUCGCCGGGCGCAACGUUAAAGUUAUCUCACUCUCAAAUGUUUCCAUCCAAUUUCCUCACCCCACAAUUCCAUGGCGGCCAUUCUACCUCGCAUGCCCACAGCCUUGUUGACUACGUUAUGGAGGAGCUGCAAGCCAUGCGUUCGAUGAGGCGUGUCCGCCCGACCAAGAGAGUGGAGUUAGCGAGCUCUCCGGAGUUACUGGAGGUUAAGCAGGCAAAGAGAUCACUUCAGAAAGGCUGUUUGCUUGAAUUUCGGAAAGAUACACAAAAGCUAUUGCUUGCUGUGGCGCAGAAACCUGAUGGGAAGAAGAAUUGGAUAGUUUGCGAUCAGAAUGGGGUCAUGUCCUCUAUCAAGCCUCAGCAAGUCACCUAUAUUGUUACUGGCUUUGAAAGCUUCGAUCACAGAGAUAUUCCUGAUUUUCUCCAGAAAGCUCAGAGUCUCUUGGACCCGGCUAUGUUGGAGUGUGCUUGGGAGGAGCUUUUGGAAAAUAAUAGGUCGGUGACACCCGAAGAAUUAGCGGAGGUUAUAUAUGGCAGCAGCGAGCCUCUUGAGAGCUAUUGUGCUCAUCUCUUGCUAUCAGAAAAUGAUAUUUAUUUCAAUCAAGUUGAGUCUAAAGGAUAUUUACCUGUUUAUGAACCACGCCCUACUAUACAGGUGGAAGAACUUAUUCAUAGGAAGAAUCUCAAAGAGGCAUUUAACAAGGAAGUGGAAGAAUUUGUCAAAUUACUUGUUUCAGCGAAGGCUUCACCUCCUUGCAGUAAACCUUCUAAAUGUUCAUGGUUGAAGGAAGAGAAGUGCAGACAAUGGAUGGUUUCUCUUGAAGCUUAUGCUAUUGAUGCGUGCAAAAAUGAUGAACAGAAGAAAACUGCUGGAAAUAUUCUCAAGGGAAUGGGACUAUCAAAGACUUCAUCUAAUGCGGUGAACCUUCUUAUAGAUGUUGGCUAUUUCCCAGUUCAUGUUAAUCUCGAUCUCUUGAAGUUCAAUAUCAGUACUGAACAACGUGAGGAAGUAUUAUUGGCUGCUGAAAACCUUUUAACAACUUCUACUGACGUUGAUGAGGGUAUCAGAAAAGAUCUUUCAUCCUUGAAAGUGUAUGCAAUUGAUGUUGAUGAAGCUGAUGAGCUUGAUGAUGCACUGAGCGCUGUGAAGCUACCAGAUGGUAAGAUUAAGGUCUGGAUACAUGUUGCAGAUCCUGCUUGUUUGGUUGAACCUAGGAGCAUAAUUGACAGGGAGGCAAUGCGCAGAGGAACCUCUAUUUUUUUGCCCACUGCCACAUUUCCAAUGUUCCCUGAAAAGCUUGCCAUGGAAGGUAUGAGUUUGCUGCAAGGGAAGCUUUGCAAAGCUGUCAGUGUGUCUGUAACCCUGCAUGAAGAUGGAAGUAUUGCAGAGUACACAAUAUGUAACUCCAUCAUAAGGCCAACCUACAUGUUGACCUAUGAGAGUGCGUCAGAGUUACUUCAUUUGGGCUUGGAAGAGGAGGCUGAACUGAGAAUUUUAUCUGAGGCAGCUUCCCUCCGUUUACAAUGGCGUCGGAACCAGGGGGCAAUAGAUACAACCAUGAUUGAGCCACGUGUCAAAGUAGCCAAUCCUGAUGAUCCUGAACCCUUGAUCAACCUAUAUGUUGAAGACCAAUCAGACCCUGCAAUGCGGCUUGUUUCAGAAAUGAUGAUACUUUGUGGAGAGGUUGUAGCUACCUUUGGUUCUGCCCACAAUAUUCCAUUGCCUUACAGAGGUCAGCCUCAGUCAAGCAUCUCGCCAUUCGCAUUUGCCCAUCUUCCAGAAGGACCAGUAAGGAGCUCUGCUUAUGUCAGAAUAAUGCGUGCUGCUGAAAUGGAUUUUAAACAGCCUAUUCGCCAUGGUAUUUUGGGUAUUCCUGGCUAUGUACAGUUUACAUCUCCAAUUAGAAGAUACAUUGAUCUUCUAGCCCACUAUCAGAUCAAGUCUUUUCUAAGGGGUGAAUCCAUGCCAUUUUCCUCUGGUGAACUAGAAGGAAUACAAUGCCUUGUUAAUCUGCAUGUUAAAGUUGCCAAGAAGCUCCAAAGCAGCAGCCUAAGAUACUGGUUAUUGGAGUAUUUCAGAAGACAACCAAGAGAAAGGAAGUUUGGUGCCUUAAUUCUUCGGUUCAUUAAAGAUCGAACUGCUUCUCUGCUUCUUAUUGAGGUGGGAAUUCAAGCUUGUGCGUCUGUUUCAGCUGGAAAGCAAAUCGGGGAUAAGAUAGAGGUUAUCAUUGAAGAGGCUCAUCCCCGUGAUGAUGUUCUCUCAGUUAGGGAGGCUUAGGGAAACAACACGCUCAUUGACCUUUACAGGAAAGUCCAUUGUUUAAUAGCUUAAAAAAAUAUUCCAUUCCACAAAUGAGAUUUUGGUAGCUUUAUUAGCAAGUCGCAGGCUGAUUGAUGACUAGUCUUCAUAAAAAGUUCAGUUUCAGCUUGAAGGAGAAGUGAAGGUUUGAAUAGCUCUACAUUCUACAAGAAAUCUGACGUGGCUUGUUUCCUACGCCAUAACAUUCAAGAAUCUUAAGCAGCCACAGCACUGGAAUUUACUUCAAAUGCUAUAACAGAAGUAUUCAACCUUUGUUUGAGAAGAUUUAUGAGAGGGUUAUGUAAUUGAAGAUGAAUUAGUUUUAUGGAUCUUGUAUCUGAGGGUUCCUAAUUCCUAUCAAGGGAUUUUGUUUUCUAAAUUCUGGAGGGAAAUUAUUGUUAAACUCGCUAUGGUAUAUAACAAACAUUUGUUUUGUCUUAACAGCUCUGUCAAUUUUGUUUUUGGCCGCUUAGUAA